GGUUAGUAGCCAAACUGAGUUUGUAGAUUCCAAUUUGUUAUGACUUUGACCCCAAUUCGUAGAACAUUACUGAUUUUCCAAGUUAACAUGUCUUCAUUAUCAAAUAGUUUAUUGAUACCAGUUGAAGUCCGCGGUAUGAAGUGCCUAGAUCGCAAGAAAUUCUCACGUAUUGUUAUUCUGCCGAUUCUAAAAAUACCGGAUGAAAAACUGUCGAAAAUAACUCAAAUAUGUAAAUCUUACUUCCUUAAACUAUCAAAUUUUAUGCCAGUGCAAAUUUUACAAGAGAAAAAUAGUGAAAAUUUUAAUAAAUGCAUUUAUUUGAAUCCUGACAAAGUUUCUAAAUGGCUGGACAUAUCAGAAGCUGACCGCACACUCCUCAAGCAGCUUAACAUUGCCGAUGAUAAUUUUGAUAAAAAGGAGGUCCAGUUAAACUAUGACAAUUUCAAACAUGAUGAGAUUUUCAAAGCAAUUUUACCCGAGAAUGAAGAGGUAGUAAGUGGGUUUUCUCAAAUUGGUCACAUAAUACAUCUCAAUUUACGAGAUCACCUAUUAGAAUAUCGUUCACUUAUUGGAGAAGUUCUAGUUGACAAAAUAAAAACCUGUCGCACAGCAGUUAAUAAGAGUAGCUUUAUUGAUAACACUUAUAGGAACUUCAGUAUGGAAGUAAUUGCUGGCGAAGAAGACUUCUUAGUAACCGUAAAAGAGAACAGAUGUAUUUUCCAAUUUGACUUUUCAAAAGUAUAUUGGAACCCGAGGCUAUGUAAAGAACAUGAAAGAAUUUUGGAGUUUCUGAAACCUGGGGAUAUUUUAUUUGAUGUGUUUUGCGGGGUUGGUCCAUUUGCUGUUCCUGCAGCAAAAAAGAAAUGCAGAGUUUUUGCCAAUGAUUUAAAUCCAGACUCAUUUAAAUGGCUUAACCAUAAUGCUAAACAAAAUAAAGUCAAUAUGAGCCUUUUUAAAUCGUUUAACAUAGAUGGUACAGAUUUUAUAUGCAAUACAUUCAGAAACUUCAUAAUUGAUUAUUGUAAUGGUACUGAAAAGCUUGAAAAUGGUUCAAAAAUAUGUGUUACCAUGAAUUUACCAGGAAUGGCAGUUGAAUUUUUGAAACAUUUCGUUGGCUUAAUUGAAGAUGAAAAACUUAAAGAUAAAUUUGAUGGUAGAAUUGUGGUAUAUGUUUAUUGCUUUGCCCUUGGAGAUGAUCCUUAUUCAAUUGCCAAGAAAAUGGUUUGUGAUAAUAUUGGAGCCGACGUAACUUCAUCCAUUACAGAUGUGUUUGAUGUCAGGAAUGUUGCACCGAAGAAAGAAAUUAUGCGAGUGACUUUUAAUUUGACUAAGGAAAUCCUUUUUUCAAGUAGUAAAAAAGAACUAAGUGGUGAACCACCUAAUAAAAAACAUUGUAAAAAUAUAAUUUUUGAUAAUUAGUGAUUAUACACUAAAUAACUGUAUAGAAUAACUAUUGUUUGUAUAUUUUUUCUAAGAUUAUAAAUCAUAGAUUCUAUUGAAUAAAUAGAUGGAAUGUUA